AUGGUUCUCCGCUUAAUCGAAGGAGAUUAUCGCCCGAAAACUGACACUUCAGAAUCCGUUCUUGUCAUCGAAGCCGGCGGAGCGGAUGAUAAUCCCAAUAUCCGUUUGCCGUAUGCCGCCAGUUAUCCAGUAAACACGUCUCUUGUGUGGCAAAACUACGUCUGCCAGCCAGAGCCAUUCCUUGGCAACGGAACAUGGAACACCCGUGUUGCAAAGGUACUCGGCGGAGGCUCAAUAGUGAAUGGAAUGAUGUAUGACCGUGGAUCUGCCGCCGACUAUGACGCCUGGGAGGCAUUGGGAAACAAAGGCUGGGGAUGGGCAGGAAUGUAUCCGUUCUUCAAGAAGGGUACAGAAUUUGUCCCGCCUCCAGAAGCUACGGUGAAGCAAGUCAAUAUUACUUGGGAUCCUGAGGCCUAUGGGGACGGGCCGUUGAAGCUUGGCAUCUCGGACACCCAAUUCACAGGUAUCCUUGAUUACUUUGAGGCAUAUGAGGGAACUGGUGGAGCACAUGCAGCCAUCGAUGGUAACAAUGGCGAGGCGUACGGUACAUCUUGGUACCCAAACACGAUGAACCCCAGGACCGGAGAAAGAUCACACGCCCGUAACUCCUACUAUGAGCCUGUUAUGAGCCGUCCGAACCUCCAUGUCGUACUGGAGUCAACCGCGACCCAGCUGAUAUUCGAUGGUACCAAGCAGCUUACCGCGAAGGGUGUAAAAGUCAACAACAAGAACGGCUCAACGACCUAUUACGCGAAAAAGGAACUCAUAAUAGCCUGCGGUGCAGUGAACACGCCCAUUCUCCUCCAAAACAGCGGUAUCGGACCAAAGUCCGUUCUCCAGGCAGCGGGGAUUCCAGUGAAGCUUGAACACGACGGUGUGGGCACAAAUUUCCAGGACCACCCAUACAGCAAUAUCCAGUUCAACAUCUCCAACCUUCCAAGCGGACCGGGCUUUGGGGCUAUUGACACAGACCCAGCGUACAAUGCUUCGGCAUGGGCACAGUACCUCUUCAACAGGACAGGACCAUUAACGCAAGCCCGUGGCAACGCUCUAGCCAUGAUUCCCCUGCCAGUCGUCGAUCCAGAAAACUACAACACACUCUCUGAUAGAGUACGAGCACUCAAAGACAACGAAUACCUCCCAGCAAUCUACAAGAAUAGCAAAAAGCUGCUCAAAGGUGUCCGAGCACAGCGCAAAGUGCUCGCCGAUCUUUUCCAAAACGACAAAGCAGCUAUUGUGGAAUACCCGAUACCAAGCGCUGGCAUAUACCUCCUCGUCGGCCUCGAGAAACCCGUCUCGCGCGGAACCAUCAUGAUCAACCCAGCCAAUCCCCAGGGACCACCAUUGAUUUCCUACAACGCCCUCAGCAACCCCGUAGACAAAUCCGUACUUGCAGCUUGCAUCCGCUACAUCCGCAGGGUGUGGGCCGGUCCUGAGCUAGAGAGAUUCACUCCCGUUGAGACGUUUCCUGGCACAAAAUACCAGACCGACGAUGAGAUCAUCGACAAGUCGGUUGAGAUGGGAGCUAUUUGGCCGACUCUGUCGCACCCUUCUGGUAGCUGUGCGAUGUUGCCUGAAGAUAUGGGUGGUUGUGUGUCUGAUGAGUUGCUUUUCUACGGGGUUGAGAAUAUGUCUAUUAUUGAUGCUUCUAUUAUUCCUCUUAUUCCCUCGCAGCAUAUUCAGUCGACUAUGUAUGCUAUUGGCGAGAAGGCUGCGGGGAUUAUUAAAAGUCGGGGUUAG